GAGUGAGAAACCUUAAACCAUAAAAAUCUGUCAGCAGCAAACUCAGCGGUCAAAAUAUGAACUGGAAAUUUAUCCCAGUGGUUGCGUGGAGGUUUGGAGUUAUGGUGUAAUCCUGGGACAACCCCUGCAGAGGUCGUGCACAAAAUUACACUAUUCUGGAAAACAUUGCAGGACAAAGAAAAUCAGUGAAAUGAGAGGGAAAAAAAUGAGAAAUUUGAAAAGCAAAUUGAUCAAAGCGAAGUGAUCAGAGUACCGUGAUUUGGGGGCUACUUUGGGGGUAGUUUUUGGUGAGUUCGGGCUAUAAAUCUGUUGUGAUCCGCACUGAGCUGAGCUGAGCUGCAGACCUCCCUCUGGGGAGAGUGCCAGAGAGCAGAACGAGCACAGGCGGUGAGCAAUGGCUUUAGUGGGGAGUCUGGCGUUCAGCGCACUUCUUCUGGCAUUGCUGACCUACAGACUGAUCAGCCUCUGCAACAAGAUGGGUGUGUUCAAAGAAGUGGAUCAAAUUGAGCCUGGCAGCUGCCAUCUGAUUGAAGGAAUUAACUAUGGCUCUGAAGAUAUCACUGUCCUCCCUGGAGGGCUGGCUCUUGUUAGCUCGGGUCUGAAAUAUCCACACAUACACAGCUUUGCUCCUGAUAAGCCAGGGCAAAUUCUACUUGUGAAUCUGAAUGAGCCGGUGCUGAGAGCCAUUGAGCUGAGACUGAGCCGUGGUUUUGAUGUGGAUUCCUUCAAUCCACAUGGGAUAAGCACGUACAUCCACAAAGACAAUACGGUGUACCUUUUUGUGGUCAAUCACCCACAGCAUACCAGCACAGUGGAGAUUUUUAAAUUCGAAGAGGAACAAAAUAGUUUGACUCAUUUAAAGACUAUCCGACAUGAACUCCUCCACAGUGUGAAUGAUAUUGUGGCGCUAGGACCUGACAGUUUCUAUGCCACCAAUGACCAUUAUUUCAGUCAUGACUCCCUGACCUUCGUGGAGUUGACUUUGGACUUGUAUUGGUGCAAUGUCAUCUACUACAGUCCAGCAGAGGUAAAAGAAGUGGCAACAGGAUUUAAUUUCGCCAAUGGAAUUAACCUGUCUCCUGAUGGAAAGCACGUCUUUGUUGCAGAUGUUAUGGAUCAGAGCAUCCACGUCAUGCAAGUAAAUCCCAACAAGACAUUGACUCGAGUGAAGGUCUUGAAUGUAGGAACUGGGGUGGACAAUAUUGAGGUGGACAGCAAGACUGGAGAUGUUUGGGUUGGCUGUCAUCCUGUUGCUUGGAAACUUAUUUCCUACAAUCCUGAAAAGCCUGCAUUAUCUGAGGUAAUCAGAGUGCAAAACAUUCUUUCCAAUGAACCAAAAGUGACCCAGGUGUAUGUGAACAAUGGCUCGGUUCUUCAAGGCUCGUCCGUUGCCACGGUUUAUGAAGACAAACUGCUCAUUGGAACCAUUUUCCAUAAAGCUGUUUACUGUGAGCUCAGGGAUAGGGGAAUUCAUUUCUAGUGACCAGGGGAAAGGCAUGCUGAUCUGGGCAAAGUAACUAAAUCCCUGUGAAGUGAAAUAUUACUAUUGUAUUGUAGAUCUUUCUCAUUUGUCCUUUGAUGACUGGGAACUCAAUGUUAUUUCCUGUAAUUCAAAUUGCAGCAAUGGUGAAUGAAUAAUGAGUUUUGUAAUUCUUGAUAAUUGUUCUUUGGUAACUUUGUUAUUGAAUUUAGUACAGGGGAAUCCUGCUUUAACACUCUUUAAUUGAGUGCUGCCUCGAGUGGACCCAGGUUAAUUGGAAGAACAUUUUUUGUGGCUCACUUAUAACAAUGUCACUUGUAACAAUUGUUAAAGCAAUAUCAGUGAGACACUGGUGCCGGCUAUAACAAGGUUCCCCCAUAAUAUAAUAGUUUAAUGGUGGUGUGGGGAUAAUGAGGAUAAUUUUAUGUACUCAGUGCAAAUUAAAAAAAAAUCUUUUAACAGUAAUUUGAAAAACUCAGAAACUCACUAUUUCAGGUGCAUCGUGAGAGUAGAAUCAUUCACAUGAUCAGAAGAUGGGUUCGGAUGAAGAAGGCCCUUUGUCCCAUUUGAUCUCAGGGUUAUAUUCAGAUCAAUAAUUGUGUCUUAAUUAGUAACUCAAUGAAAAGUAUAACUAAUAAUAAUAAUAAGUCCUUGUCUGGGGUGUUAUUGCUGAGCAUUGUAUGAAUAUUGUUUGUGCUGUUACCCGACAAAAAAAAACCUGCACAAUUUUUAUAAUCUAUUAGAUGAAGACAUUCACCACUUUGAUGCCAUAACUACUGUAAUAGCAUUUGUCUAUCUCGAUUGUGUAAACAUUGUAAAGUGCUGUGUGAUUCUAUAACAGUUUUAAACAGCUAGACUUUAAAUACAGUAUUUUUACAUAGAGAUGAUUAUGGUCUCAGCAAAUCCCAUUGUAACAGAAAGUUAUCACUCAAUACUUUCGAGGUUUAUUUGCCUUGGAGUACCUUUUGUGAACUUUAUUUCUGAAUUUUCUUCUGUCGCUGUUUGUCUUGAAUUUUAAAGGGGCACUGUCACACAAAAGUUUGGCAAGUUCUUCCUUGCGUGGAUCCAAGAAGUGUUAUUGUUUUCAUCUGCACAACAUUCUCUCCAUACUCAACAUUUCAGUGAUCGUUGUGGCAUGAGGAGCACAGUACAGAAUGUUUUGAUGAUCUGAUGAAUAACAUUAGUCUAUCUACCUUAAUGUUUAUUGAUUUUUUUCAAAAUAUAGAAAUAAAGGAAAACUUGACCCUAA